AUGGCGGCCGCCGCUGUUGAUGUUGGCUACCUCGCCGGUCAUCUGGGAAUCGAUGAACCUGUUCUUACGACCUUGACAACCGAGCCGACCGUCGACCUUGUCGCGAUUCUGCUGCAGGCUGUGACAAACAAGGCACACGAGUUCGAUGUUCUCUACGCCGACAAGCUGCAGCUCGACAUUGAGCUGGAAAAUGCGGUUCGCAGCGCCGAGUCUAGGUCACAAGCAUCCAAGUCCACCGCCGAACAGGCUCUGAAGGAUGUGCAAGAAGCCAGAAAGAAGGUCCAAGAAGAAGAGACAAAGAGACAAGCUGUCGAGAAUGAGCUGCAAGUCUUGAAAUCAAAGAGCUCCGACCAUGACGCGGACGUCAAGGCACUGAAUGACAAGAUUGAAACUCUUCAGUCGUCAAACCGUGCCAACUUGGCAAUCAUCGAGGCCAACAAUAAGCGAGAUACGACGGUCACGGAAGAGUUAACGAAACAGCAUCAGCGCAACGUCGAACUCUCGCGGGAAGUUACCUCGCUUCAACAAUCGGAGCAAAACGCCAAGGGCCAGCUUAGCAGUGCCAAGUAUCGCGAAGAAUCGAUUCAACAGCGACUUAAUCAUGCGAACCAGACUAUCGAAUGGCUAGAGGCCGAGCUCAAGACCAAGAGCGAAGAGGCACUCAAGUUUCGCAAGGAAAAGGGUACCCGCAUCGCCGAGCUCCAACGCCAAAAUGAAGAUGCCAUCGCUCAGAUCGAUUCUCUCAAACGGACCGAAAAGCAGCUCCGGGAUCGCCUCUCGACCUUGCAAACAAAGGUUGACGACACAUUGGUCAGGAUUCAAAAGCAAGAAGAGUCUUUUGCGGCGACUGUCGAUAGCUACAAGUCCGAGCUCGAGGAUCAACGCCGCUUAGUCGGGAUGUCUGAGCAGCUUAGCCAGAAGCACCAGGAUCGUGUUCGCGAGCUUGAUGCCGAAAAGGAACGUCUCAAAGACAACUACGAGAAUGAAUUGCGCCGCGUCCGUACCGAGCUCGAGCAAGAGAAGCAAGCUGGAGUCGACCUGGAAGAGCGCAUCCGCCAACUCGAGGGCGAGCUUGACGAAGCCCAAGUUCGUCUGGAACAUGCUCCCCCUCCUGGAUCUGCGCCUCAGACGCCACGCGCAAAUGGCGGGGCCUUUGGCCGUGCAGCAUCGCCUUUCGUAACACCAGGAUCUGUUCGCAGUAAGACUAGCAUCACCGCUACCCAGGCUAUCGACCAGCUAUUCCAGGUCAAGGGCCAGCUUGCUAGCGAGCGACGCCGGACACAGCAACUGACGGAGGAGCUCGAUAGCAUGAUUGCUGCCCUAGAAGCUAAAGCCCCCGAAAUUCAGGAGCUUCAAUCCGAGUCUGAGAUGCUACGUAACGAGAUUGCUCGCAUGUCGGAGCUCUCGCAGCAAAGCUUUGAAGAGCGUGAUGCUGCUAGAAAGGCUGCGAGAAAGGCAGAUGCCUCGCUGAAUACAGCGCAGUCGGAAAACAAAAUUCUUCGCACACAACUUCGUGAUCUCGGCACACAGAUUCAAAUGCUGGUUUUCAACGCGUAUGCUCUUGAAAAGGGCGUAGAUCAGCUGAGCGAUGAGGAAAUUUUCCGACUGAAGCAACUCGAAAAGGGCGAAGUAACUGAGGAGGCUCUGGCCGACAUGUCUGAUACUCACCAGUUCAUCACUCAAAAGCUCGUUGUCUUCAAGGACAUUCAAUCUUUACAAGUCAAGAAUGAAGACUUGCUUCGUAUUACUCGUGAACUGGCUGAUCAAAUUGAGAGCGAAGAGGCGCUGGCUGCCAAGCAUCAAGCAAAGGAGGACCAUGACAGGGUUGAGAAGCUUGAAAAAGAGCUCAUUCACAUGACAGAGGAAUCCAAGUCGAUAAAGACGACCUUGGAAAGCUACAAGACCGAGCGAGAUAUGUUCCGUCGUCUGCUUCAGCAGAGAACCUCAGGUGGAGAUGAAGCAUCUAUGAUGCGUAGCUCUCUGGACGGCCGCGCGCCUCUCGCCAGUAUCGAGUCUGCAGAGCACACUGAGUCUCUCAGCGAGGCUCUUCGCAAGUUGCAAGCCGAGUAUGAUGGCUUCCGUGAGGCCCAAGAUGGUGUGCGCAAAGAUCUUCGCAACCAGGUUGACGCACUUUCCGCCGAGCGCAAUGCUUUGCAGUCUGAGCGAAUUAAACUGCAAGGCGAAGCUCGCCUCGAGUCUGAGCGCCGCGAGAUGCUACAGAGCAACUACGCGGCCCUUCAGACCGAGAACGAGGAAUUGCAAAAGCGUAGCCGCAUUCUUUCCGAAACAGCAGCCAAGCAGGAUAUUCGCACCCAGCAGGUGGCGGAAGAACUGAUUGAUGCCAAGGGCCUCCUCGAUAGCGUUCGCAACGAGGCCGCUAAUCUAAAGGCUGAGAAAAAGCUCUGGAAGAACAUCCAAGAUCGCAUGAGCAAGGACAACGAGAUUCUCAUUGAAGAGAAGAAUAGACUUGGAAAUUUGCUCACAACUCAGCAGUCCCUUGAGAAUCAACGCAAUCUUUCGGAAUCGGAGUCUCGUAGGAAAGCACAAGCCAAGAUUGAGCAGCAAGAGCAGGAGCUAGACUCUCUGCAGCGCAAGCUUUCUCAAGCUACCGAAGAGAGCAAAAACCUCCAGCAGCGAAAGGAAUACGAGGCUCGUGAGGCACAAAAGCGCAUCGAUGAGCUGAUGACAAGUCUCGGGCAAAUUCGCGAAGAGCACAUCAGUGUCAAGACCACAAAGGACCAUCUGCAGGCUCGUGUAAACGAGCUCACGGUAGAACUGCGCAAUGCCGAGGAGCGUGCCGGACGCUUGGUGCCGCGUCCGACGCCCAGACCUGGUGUUGUUGAGUCGUCAGAGUAUCAGCAAGAGCUUGAAGCGCAAGUGCAAACGCUCACGAAUGACGUUGCGGAACUGCGUCGCGAUCUUGCGCUUGCCAACACUCAGCUGGAGAACGCCAAGACUCAGGCUGAACAGUAUCGCGAGCUCAGCCAGAGCAACGAAGAUGCCCUCGAGGAUCUGCGUUCCUCCCAAGAUCAGUACAGAAUCGAAAUGGAGUCACUGAUUACGGAGAAGGAUACCAAGAUCAAAGAGCUUGCACAGCGCGUCGACGACAUGUCUAGUGAGCUGUCGCGAUCCAACACUGAGCUCUCUUCCUUGCGUGACUCUCAGAGCGAAGUCGCUCGCAAGUAUGAGGAUGAAAAGGCAAUCCUCGAAGAAGAAAUCUCGCGCCUCAAGGAGGAUAGCGCCAGACACCUUGAAGCCGUACGCUUCCAUCAACAAGAUCUUCGCGCCCAAGCCGACAUUGCGACACGCGCCCAACAUGAUUAUGAGCAGGAACUGGUCAAGCAUGCUGAGGCUGCCAAGCUUGUCCAGCAGCUACGAAAUGAUUACAAUGAGCUCAAGAAUCAGUCGGCGACCCUGCGCGCCGAAGCCGAUUCGGCCAAGCUCACGCUUGCGCAGAGCGAAUCGUCUUGGGAGGAUAGAAGGCUCCAGCUUGAGCAGGAGAUGGUCGAGCUCAAGAGCAGACGCGAAGACGUGAACGCGCAGAACAAGCUUCUGCAUCAGCAACUGGAGGGUCUGACUACACAGGUUAACGCUUUGCAGCAGAAUCGUGGAGGAAACGGAACCGAGGACGAUGCUGUUGUGGCUGGUGCUACGGAUGUCAUGGAGGGUCUCAGAGAAUUGAACAGCUAUCUCCGCCGCGAGAAGGAGAUUCUUGAGGUGCAAUAUGAUCUGAAAACGCAGGAGUCAAAGCGUCUGCUCCAGCAGCUUGAGUACAUGCAAAGUCAACUUGAUGAAGCACGCCUGAAACUUGAUCAAGAACGUUCACAGGCUGCUCAGAGUGAUCGAUCCUCCAUGACCCAUCAGAGUCUGAUGGAAAAGCUCAACGAGUUGAGCCUCUAUCGCGAGAGCAGCAUGGCCCUUCGCAGCGAGAAUACUCAUCUCAAGGGCCAAAUUUCUGAACGCAACACCAAGAUUCAAGAGCUGGAAGCAAAGGUCCAACCUCUUGAAGCUUCAAUCGACAAUCUCACGACUCAGAAAUCAUUCCUCGAGGACGAGAUCAAGCAGAUCCAGGAAGAUCGCGAUAGAUGGCAGAAGCGAACCGAGGGUAUCUUGACCAAAUACGGCCGCGUCGACCCUGCCGAGAUGGAAGAGUUAAAGAAAACCAUCUCUGACCUACAGACGGAGUGCAAUACCCUCAAAGAAAGCUCACAACCACUAGAGGCCAAGAUCGCUGAGCUGGAGGCUGCUCUCGAGAGUGGGCGUGCCAGUUGGCAGACUACACGUUCAAAGCUUGCCGAGCAAUUCAAAGAUAGGUCCAAGAGGAUCACUGGCGAGAAAAACGAUGCUGUUCAGCGAGUCAAGGCCCUCCAGGAGGAGCUCAGCGCCGCGACCGCCAAUCUCGAAGCCGCCAAUCAGCAAGCAGAGGACAGUAGGACUCAGCAGAGUGCGCUGGAGAAGCAACUGGAGGAGUCUCAACAACAGCUGGAGCAAUUGCGACAACAGUCGCAAGUUGAUGGCAAUCAGGGAGGAACUGCAUCAGUUGAGACGGGUGGCGAUGCUGCCGCUUCCGCAGAGGUGGUGGCGAAGCUUGAGCAGAGCCUUGCUGAGGUUCAAAAGGAGCUGGAAUCGGUCAGCGCUCAAAAACUCGAUGCCGAGCAGCAAUUGAGCGACCUCCGUUCUCAGCUGCAGUCUGCCGUUGCAGAAAGAGAUGCUGCCCUCGGCAAGCUGGAAGACGCCGGGGAACCUACCGAAGGCGCCGUGAAACCUGUCGAGACGAGCUUGUCGGAUGAGGAGAGGAAGGCCCUACAAGCCAAGAUUGCAGAUGCCGAGGCUAAGGCUGCCGAUCAUGAAGCAAAGGCAAAGGAGAUUGAGGCCUCUAUGCAGCAGACUAUCAGGGAUCGCUCCGAUAGGAUGAAGGAUGCUCUCAACACCAAGCUCAAGGAGGCUCGCGCCAAGGUAGAGGCCGAUUUCAAAAAGAAGGAGGAAGAUCUCCAACUUCGCUUUGAACAGGAGAAACGCAUCUGGCAGGCUGAGAACAGCAAGCCAGCUGGCGACUCCAGUGCCGGUGCAGAGCCACCGGCGACACCCGCCAAGGCCGGGGCCUCCUCGGUACCAGCUACUCCUGGUGCCAAUAGCAGCGCUUCAGAACUUUCCCAACUUGACGAUGCAGGCAUUCGCCAGUUUCUGUCCACCAAUGGCACGGCCAAGAACAUCAUUGCCUCGAACAUUAGAAAGCGCGUCGAAGCUGAGAGCGCGAAGCUGAGGCCUGAGUUCGAGAGCAAGGUUGCAGCUGCGCGUGAGCAAGCUCAGCUCAUGGAGUCGAAGAAAUCGACCUUGCGCAUUAACAUGGCUGACAAUAAGCUCCGAAUCGCAAAUGCCAAGCUCGGUGUGGUCGAGACAGCGGCAAAGGAAACACCACAGAAGCCCGUCGUUGAAGUUUGGGAGAUUGCUAAGAGUACGAUGCCUCCUCCGCCACCUGCUGCCAACGUCGCAACGCCAAAGGGCACCCCAGCGAAGCCUCCAGCAUCAGUGAAGCCUGGAGCGACGCCCGCAACCCCCGCAACCCCCGCCGGUAAUACGGCAGCACCUGCCACCAACCCUUUUGCGACAUCUACCAAUAGCAAUGCAGCUACCCCGGCAGCAGGUAACCCGUUUGCUGUGAAGACGGAAGGGGAUAAGGAGAAAGUCACAUCUGCGGCACCUCUGGCGACGACUUCGGCGAAAGCUCCGGCAACAGCGCCUACGCCAGCCCCUGCAGCUGCUCCGGCGGCGGCUCCAGCAGCGGCUCCAGCAGCGGCUCCAGCAGCCGCAGCUGGCACAGGAGCGCCUAGUAGUAUUCCACAGCCGCAGCAGAAUCAGGCACCUCAACGAUCCAACAUUCCUAUGCCCCGUGGCGGUGGCCGUGGACGUGGAGGAACGUAUGUGCAUCCUGGACAGCGCAAUGCUAGCGGCAGUCAAGAAAGUGGCUUGCCAGCAGCAUCGGGGCGAGGCGGACGCGGUGGUCACCGCGGUGGGCGUGGCAACAUGAACCCAGGCGCUUCAGAAUUCCAGCCGGGAACCAAGCGACCAAGAGGGGACUCUGAGGCCGGGGCCGGUGCCAAGCGCGCGAGAGGCGGCGGUCCCCAUUAG